AAAGUUUUGCAUCACUGCAUUUAACAUUGCUUUUUGGUUUUGGUUUUGAAUCUUGGUAGUAAAAAGCGCCAUCAGCUUUAAUUGCAUGAGAAGCAGCAGCUCAGACAUUUGACAAAAUAUCUUCUUUGUGAAAUAAUACUGGGUUUGAACAACAUGCUACUUGAUUUGGGUGAAGGAUUGAAGAUUGAACCCGAAGGGAACGAGAGAAGACUCUUUUCUGAGCUCAUGUGUUGGUCUGCAGGUGGUGGAGGAGAAGGACGAGGUUCUGCGUGAGCUGGAGGCGCAGGUGGAGUGUCUGCGCAGCGAGCAGGAGCGUCUGAAGAGGAACAGCGAGGAGGAGGUGGAGCAGCUCAACGCUGUCAUCGAGAAGCUCCAGCAGGAGCUGUCGCUCAUCGAGCACAAGCAGCCGCAGGACGAGAGCGACGAGAUGAAGCAGAGGAUGGACGAGCUGAAGUCUGCCCACAGCUCGCUGCAGAGCCGAUACGAGCGUCUGCAGGGGGAGCUGGAGGAGGCUCUGCGGGAGAAGACUGCUGCGUUUGUGGUGCUCCAGGCUCAGGUGCAGGCGCUGGAGGAGAGUGCAGGGUCACAGGUCAUGAGCUUGAGUCGGCGCGUGGAGGAGAAGGACUCGGAGCUGCGCGCGUGCAGGUUGAAGCUGGAACUAGCGCAAAUGAACGCCGAUGCUGAAGUGGCUCAGCUGGAGGAGGAACUCAGGGAGAAGGUGGCCGCCGUUCUGGUCAGCCAAGCACAACUGGAAGCCGUCCAGACGCAAACCAAAGAGCUCCGCGCCGGAGAAGCCAUGGGCCCCAGCGCGCAGCUGCACUCAGAGGGCCUCACGGCGCAGGCAGCCACCGCAGGGAAGACGAGCCUGAUGACGGAGAAGCUGAAGGAGCUGGAGGAGGGCCUGAGCGGGAUGCAGAAGGACCAGGAGCUGCAGAAGCAGCUGUUGAGCAGCUCUGAAGAGGAGGUGAUGGAGUACGAGAGGAGGUUAGCCGUGAUGAUCGACCUACUGAACCAAAUGAGAACCAAACCAACCCAUCACAGACCGCUGCCGCCCGCUGAGAUGAAGGAGAGCACGGUCACGCAGCUCCAGACGGCCCUCAGCCAGGUAGAGAAUGAAACCGAGACGGCUGAACUCCUCCAGGAGCUGCAGGAGGUCAAAGGUCAAGUGAGCAGCACACAGCAGGAGCUGGAGAGCUGCAGGGAUCAGAGCGUCAGACUGCAGGAGCUGCUGCAGGAGAGAGAGAUGAGCAUCGCUCUGCUGAAGGAUCAGCUGCACAGGGCCUCACAGGAGGGCGACGAGCCCACGGCGGAGCUGCAGGAGGUCAAAGGUGAAGCGGCCGCCACCAAAGAGGAGCUGAGGAGCUCCCGGGAGCGCAGCCUCAAACUGCAGGAGGAGAUCGAGGUCAGAGACGCGUGCAUCGCUGAGCUGAAGGACAAAGUUCAGGCGCUCCAGACCGCUUUGGCCAAAUCCAGCGAGGAGCCGCUACAACAAGAGAAAAAGAAAAGAGGCAGCAGAGAGCAUCAUGGGAUGGACAAAAGCAGGAGCUCCUCGUCCUGUGUGGACGUGUGUGUGCAGACGCAUCCGUCCGGAGCCCAGGAGCUGCAGCAGGUGAUGCUGGGAUACGAGGAGAAGAUUGCACAGAUGCAGGAGCUGCACGCGGCUGAGAUCCUGGACAUGGAGGCCAGACACAUCUCUGAGAGCGAGAGCCUGAGGAGAGACAGCCAGCAGCUGGAGGACGAGUGCAGAGCGCUCAGAGACCAGCUCAGGACCGCGCAGGCUCCGUCAGUGAGGUCUGAACACUCAGCCGUCUCUCCGCUUAAAGACGGAUACGCCAGUGACAGCAGUUCAGACUGGAGUCAGCGCGUGGGUUUCGAUCUUCCUCACCUGCAGCAGGAGUCCCGCAGCACACCUGAAGGAGCGCACAGAGACGUGGAUCCGGACGUCCUGCCAGACAGGGUCAAGAGCCUGCUGCGUGAGGUGCAUCAGGAGGGCAUGCAGGUGCUGUCGCUAUCUGAGCUGCCGCUAUCUGAAGCGGAUCGACCUCCUCCUCAGAGCUGGAGCAAAGAGAGAGACGCCCUCAUCAACACCGUUGAGUCCCUCAAGCUGCUCAUCAGCACACUGCAGAGCGGCACCGACACACAGGGGGAUGGCGACUGGAGAGCGGAGCUGCUGUCGGCUGUUCAGCACGUGUUUGUUCAGGAGCGAGACGUGCUGAAGAACGUCUUAUACUCUCAUCUGGAGCGACUGGACACGGCUGACGCUGUCAUUCAUCUCAGCCAGCUGGAGAGAGCGCUAGCGGAGCAGGACGCGAGGCACAGGGAGCUCAUGGGAGCGCUGUGCACCGCAGACAGAAGCAGCCUGCGCUCAGAGAUCCAGCAGCUUAGAGCUCAGCUCACACAGCGCCACCAUCAGGACGCCGCCGGAAUGAAGAGCGAGAGCGGGGCCGAGCUGAUGCCAGGCGGUGCUGCGGUGGGAUGCGGCUCUGAUCGACUGAACCAGACUAAACUAGAGCUGGAGAGUGCUCUGAAAUCACAACACAAACACCUGAAAGAACUCGACGCACUCAGGGCCGAGGUCUCACUGAAGGCCGCUGAAGUCGAUGCAUUGAACGACAGACUGGCACUCGAGCAGAAGAGAGCCAGAGAGCUGCAGUGGGCCUUCGAGAAGGAGAAACGCAAGUCUGACAGGAAGGAGGAGACCGAGAGAGAGGAAGUGGAGGAGCUUAAACUGGCUCUGGAGGAACAGGCGCGGGAGGCCAGCGUCUCCGCAGAGCUGCAGGUGCGUGUCAUCUAACGCUCUUGAGUGUGUUUCACUUUGUCCGAGCAGGAGAUUGAGCCCUGUGUGUGU